AUGGACUCACCACCACCAUACACCACCCCGCAAUCCGCCCCACAAACACGCACCAAAUCGGCAUCACGUCUGGCUCGAACUAGCGGCCAGGAACCACCACCGAUUCUCUCUCUUGAUUUAGUCUCUUACUACCCAAGAACACUCUUUCUCCAAAACCCAAAACCCCUCUUUCCCUUCACGACCUCCUCCUCCUUUCCCCUUCCCCCGCCAAGAGAUCAAAAACCAGACUCGAUGUCUCCGAGGAGAAACACUAGAAGAUCCAGAAGGCGAACGGAGGAGAUUCGAGAGGAUAGAGAUCUGAUUGCUAUUGAUGAGUCGAUCGUUGUUAACAACAAACCAAAGAAAAGGAGGCAUAGUGGUAGAUCGAAGAAGGAGAAAUCGAUUUCUUGCCCUUCCAUUCCAUCUCCAAAAGGAAACGAUGAGGAUUACGGGUACAAUUUCGAUCGAAUCGGAUUCCUGAUAAAUGAUUUGAUAAUGUGGAAUGAUGUCGCAAAAUCAACACUCUGGUUUGGGUUCGGUUCACUCUGUUUCUUAUCUUCAUGUUUCACAACAGGCAUUAGCUUUAGCAUGCUUUCUUUGAUAUCUCACCUGGGCCUUCUGUGUUUGGGCGUUUCAUUCUUCUCAAAUUCCAUUGCCCGAAGUUCAGAAAGCAAGAGAAAGCUUAAGCUUAAAGAAGACGACAUUCUAAAAGCUGCUAGGGUUAUACUUCCUGCAUUAAACCUUGUAAUUUCAAAAGCUCGAGAGGUGUUCUCAGGGGAACCAUCGAUGACCCUUAAACACCAUUUUUUACUACUUGGAUCUGAUUACGGGCAUAUUCUAACAUUGAAGAGACUUUGUGCACUUGGGUUCUUCAUUGGGUUUACUGGCCCAAAGCUGUACUCAUUGUACUCGAUUCAAAUACACAAGAAAAGUGAAUGCGUGAAAGGGUGGAUACUGGAAGCAUGGAGAGGUUGUUCUCAUAAGAAAGUAGUUGCAGGAUCAGUGGUUACAGUGUUUUGGAAUCUGACUUCGAUCAAAACACGCAUUUUUGCAGCAUUUAUAUGUGUGGUGAUCUUUAGACGCUACAGACAACAGUUGCCAUGGAAGGAGGAAGGUCAACAGCCAGAGAAGACGUUGACUUUGGUUGAAACUAAGAAAGUUGAAUAGAGAUUUGGAUUACAUGUAAAAUAUAACAUAUAUAUUUCUAUAUAAUAAAAUGAAUCGUUUUAUG